AAGCAGCGAUCUGCACCCAGAAAUCACUAUCGUCUGUGUCUGGUCGAAGGCUGGUCUAGUCUGCGCUUGGACGCUCAGCUACACUGGUCGUGAUUUCUACAUAUCGACAUCUCGGCCCAGCUCACCACCUCCUGCUCCUCCACAGCUGUACUCACUUCGCCGUCGCCCGCCAACACCAUGAUAGUCAGCGGUUCGAUUGUCGCCCUUGUGUCCCUCCUCCCCGCAGUCUGGUCGGUGCCAACAAACUACACCAACAAGCUGCCUACGUGUGGCGCGAACGAAUGUCUCACCGACGGCUACUUUGAUGGUUGCGCGCCUGGCAACCUAGUCUGCAUAUGUAACUUGGAGCAAGACGAUGUCGACAGAUAUGUCAAAACCGUGCAGCCAUGCCUCGACGGUGAACCAGGCAAGAAAGCAUGCACUCUUGGAGCAGUUGCCAACUACAAACAGUUGCUCGCAGACGUUUGUUCCAAGCCCGAGUAUGGCAAUUUGAACAAGACGGUCUCGUUUGAGCCAGUGCAAUUUCCUCCUCGAUGAGUUCAGUUGCCGAUAUUCACAACAACACGCUUCAUGAGACUGCAGACAUCACAUCACAGCACGACGCCUACGUAAUGGAUAAUAGACACUCCUUUGAUACCCUCUGAACUUUGUCCUUACUCUCUGUUGCUGUUUGAUUCUGUACUCUGGUUUUGUAAAUGCAGUUUGCGGUACAUCUUUGCAAGGCGCACUCGACAUCUGUCAGCGAUGCCGGCUCUCCGUCUUCAAUUUCGUCUUCUGA